AUGGCAAAAAUUAACAAAACAGACGAUAGUCUGCCCAGUAUGGGGAUUGACUAUCACAAGUACAGUAGUAAUUUGCGUUUUGAAAUUUUCAAAGAUUCAAAAAAUAGAAUUCAAACUUUUUUCUGUCCAAUCAACAUUCUCAUCUUCAUUUGUCUACCCUAUCGAAAUUUCCAAUUUUUUCUCUACUUGGUACCGAUGAGUUGCAGCUUAACACCUUGCCACUGGCAAGUAAUUGCCUCCAAACUUGAAAUUCUGUUGUUAUCAACAUAUUGGAUCACUUUCGUAGCAUCGCCAUUUGGAGAGUCUUUCCUUUAUCCAGUACCAGAACAAUUAACGGGCACUGAUCAAUUGGAAGAGAGGGAACGUUUAUGUCCCCUCAGCUCAUCCAAAAGUUCGUGCGUGAACAAUGAACAAUGA